UUUCUCUGCUGAAACAGAAACAUAUGGCCUGGAAAUUGAUGCCACUGCUGCUGCUUCUGGUCUGGGUAGCCACCUUGUGCAGUGCCCGGGACAGGACAGACCUGCUCAAUGUUUGUAUGGAUGCCAAGCACCACAAGACGAAGCCAGGUCCUGAGGACGAGCUGCAUGGCCAGUGCAGUCCCUGGAGGAAAAGCGCUUGCUGCACCGUCGACACCAGCCAGGAGCUGCACAAGGACACCUCCCGCCUGUAUAACUUUAACUGGGAACACUGCGGCACGAUGGAGCCUGCCUGCAAGCGUCACUUCAUCCAGGACAACUGUCUCUACGAGUGCUCACCCAACCUGGGGCCCUGGAUCCAGCAGGUGGAUCAAAGCUGGCGCAAAGAACGUUUCCUGAAUGUGCCCUUAUGCAAAGAUGACUGUCAGAGCUGGUGGCAGGACUGUCGCACCUCCUACACCUGCAAGAGCAACUGGCACGAGGGCUGGGACUGGAGCUCAGGAGUUAACAAGUGCCCGACCGGGGCCACUUGUCGCACCUUUGAGUCCUACUUCCCCACCCCAGCUGCCCUUUGUGAGGAACUCUGGAGUCACUCCUACAAGGUCAGCAACUAUAGCCGAGGGAGUGGCCGCUGCAUCCAGAUGUGGUUUGACUCAGGCCAGAGGAACCCCAACGAGGAGGUGGCGAAGUUCUAUGCUGCGGCCAUGAGUGCUGGGGUCACACUUCAUGGGAUGGGGGGUUUCCUGCUCAGCCUGGCCCUGAUGCUGCAACUCUGGCUCCUUGACUGAGUCUAGGCCUCCCCAGCCCUCCUCUCCCUCUGCUGCUAGCUUUGCCGAUCAGGUUGGGAUUAGCUCAGCUCCAACAAAUGCCAAAACCCUAAGCAUGCCUCUGUUCAUUACCCACUUCUCUAUCAUUCAGUUAUUUCCUACUCCUUGGUGGUGCUUGGGGCUCCUCCAAGAGUCAGUUCAAAUAAAUAGACUGACACAUCCGCCUCUGA